UGACCAUAGACGUAGGUCUAGAGAGUGUGAUCACUUGAACGUCGACACACAUUAUUGUCAUCGCCUAGUGACGUGUCUAUUGUGACAUGUCCAUUGUGAUAUCAUAUGCCACAAAUAGUACAAUAUUACCAGGGAUAUUAGGAUAUUAGACCCUACUAAUUAGUUUCUGCCAUUCUUCUAGUCUACGAGGCCGAGGAAACCAAAGCCAAAGCUUGAUUAAAAUCCAUCAUGAUUGACCUGCUUGGAGCUGGAGAGUCUGGCUUUGGUCAGUUUAAUGCCCUGACCAUCACAGCAACCCUUGGAGUGGUCACUGCUACGCUGGCCCUCUGGACCAUCAUGAGGCCAAAUCGAUUUCCUCCUGGUCCAAGAGGCCUGCCUAUCGUUGGCAGCAUCUUCAGUUUGAAUGAUUCUCCUGAGGUUGUCUUUGGGGAAUGGGCCAAGAGGUACGGUGAUAUCUUUGGCUUCAAGGCGGGAGAGAGAUGGAUGGUAGUCCUCAACCGUCAAGCAUUGAUCAAGGAAGCCGUCCUCAAACAGGGCGUGGACUUUGCUGGUCGUCCAGAUUUCUACUCUGUGAACAUUUUCACAGAAGGAUUCAAGGAUAUUGUGUUCAGCCCGUACAGUGAGACCUGGAAACUUCAUCGCAAGUUAGCUCACUCAGCUCUCAGGCAUUUUGCAACAGGCAAGCCUCUUCAGGGUCUCAUCUCCAGUGUCUACCCCAAGGUUGAGAAGAAGUUGGCCAUGACGGAGGGACAACCAAUAGACCCUAAGGUCCUCAUCACUCUAAUCAUGUACAACGUACUCGCACAGAUGUGCUUUGGACUUAGUUAUGAGUUGGAAGACCCUAAUGUUACACAGUGGAUGGACGUAAACAAUGAUGUCAAUGAAAAACUUGGAUUAGGUCUAGCAGCAGACAUCUUCUCUUGGGCCAAGUACAUUCCCACCAGCGGUCCACGGAUGAUCAAGGAAAUCACAGAAACGAUGUUUGGCUUCCUGCGUUCGCAGGUGGAUGAAGCAAGAGAGCAUUAUGAUCCGGAGAACAUCAAUGAUUUCUACAGUCUACUUCUCAAAGCUCAAGAAGAUGCAAGGAAAGAAGGAGAGAACGUGGACAAACUGACCGAUACUCACAUCUUCCAGACGGUUGCCGAUAUUUUUGGAGCUGGUAUUCAGACAACCGUUGAGACCCUGUACUGGGCCAUGGCUCUCCUCGUGACCUACCCAGAAAUCCAGGCAAAGAUCCGCGCUGAGAUCGACGAUGUCAUCGGCCGUGAUCGUCUUCCUACCAUCAAUGACCGGGGGAACCUCCCCUACACGGAGGCAAGCCUCUAUGAAGUGUUGCGGUACAGCAGUAUUGCUCCCAUAGCAGUUCCUCAUGCCACUUCCAGGGAUACAGAGUUUGGUGGCUAUCAUAUCCCCAAAGGAACCACAGUGAUGAUCAACACACACUCCAUGCACUAUGACCCUCAAGAAUGGGACCAACCGGACAAGUUCCUUCCAGAGCACUUCCUGGAUGAUGGUGGCACUAUCCGUGAGCAUCCUCCAAGCUUCCUGCCCUUUGGAGCGGGUCGACGUGGCUGUCUGGGUGAAGCCGUGGCCAAGGCUGAUCUCUUCCUUAUCUUUACCUGGUUCUUGCAGAACUACACCUUCAGCAAGGCCCCAGGAAAGGAGUCUGAAGACAUCUUGAAGAUGAUUCCUAAGACAGCAUCUGGUAGACUCCUUCUCUCCUAUGAGAUCAUGAUCAAUAAACGAGACUAGUAGGGUCCUGGGCCAGUAUUCAAAUCAAUACUACAUCAGAAAGAUUAAAACUGUACUCAGCUAUCAGGUUAGGUAAAAUACUCAAUCAACUUUGGUAUUCAGUUGAAACUUUUUGGUAAUUAUGAAACCCUGAAUUUAUAAGAACGCUCCCUCGCAGGCUAAAGCCAAUUAUUUGGAGGCUUCGAUUGGCAGGCCAUAGUAAUUUAUGAAUGAAUGAGCAAAUUAUCUGAGCACACAUUUAUUUUCAACACCAUUGUUGCACAUGAUUUUGGAUUGGCUAUGUGAUGACACAUUUGUCACCAGUACAUCAAAGUAUUUUGGCUGACUUAAGUUUUUUUAAAACUUAGAUGUGAUCUGAAAUUCUGAAUAAGAAUUGAGCCAUUUUAACUUAGCUAAGCUUAAUGCUAAGUGAAAUACGGACAUAAUUCAAGUAUCGAAUUGAAUACGGUUCCUGGGCCUUUAUAUAUGUGGCCUGGUUAUGCUGCCUCAGAUGGUCUUGUGAGUCCUCUUUUGUCAAAUAUUCAGUUAGAUUGAAUCAGGAAAGUGAUUUCUUAAUCAGUUGAAACACAUCAUUGGUCAAUAUAAAAGAUGUGGUUUAACUCUUAUCAUGCCACAGGGCUAAUCCCCAUUGUGCCAAGCCUCAAAUCCCCCCGUGCCAAGUUUAUUUUGAGACAAUCUGAUUGACGUGAUGGUUCUAUAAAUAGCACGUGCGAAACACACAGCACAGUCCAAUAAGCAUGAACAAUAACUGCUAUUACGAAUGGGUGCAAGCAUGCACAAGGCAGCAAAGCAAUGGCUCGCUCGCAUGUACAAAGCACUAUAACGGUAGCAUGCAUGUAGCAUCAUGGCUUGCUAUGAGUUAAAGGAGUUUUUGUCUGUUGUAUUUAGAUGGUUCCAGCAACUGUGGAAUAAAGUGUGGGUUAUUGUAUAUAUUAGUAUAAAAUUAUCAGUAAUAAUUCUUCUCCAUGUUCAUUGAUUGCCUUCUAGAAUUCAUUGAUUGUCAAAAUGUGUUUUUCUAUUUUUUUUACUGAAAUCAGAAUGAUGUACAUAUAAUUGAAUAAUUCUUUGUAAUUUCUGCGAUGUACAAUAUCUUAUCAUGUUUUAUAUUCUGUCGAGAUAAAAAUAUUUUAUAGUAAAUGAGGAUAUAAUUUGUAAUAUCAAAUUCUAAACGAAACAAUCAGGUGGUGUCCAUGGAAUGUAGUAGAAAAUAAAACAUAAAAGUUGAUUGAAACCCAUUGCCUAUUUAGAAGUGAUGUUUUGUGUAUGGUCAUAAAGCUAAAAAAAAAAACGACAUUAUAAAAAACAGCAACUGUGGAAUAAAGAUGUGUGGGUUAUUGUAUAUAUUAGUAUAAAAUUAUCAGUAAUAAUUCUUCUAUGUGUUCAUUGAUUGCCUUCUAGAAUUCUUUAAAUGCCUUCUAGAAUUCAUUGAAUGCCUUCUAGCAUUCAUUGAUUGCAUUCUAGAAUUCUUUGAAUGCCUUCUAGAAUUCAUUGAUUGCCUUCUAGAAUUCAUUGAUUGCCUUCUAGAAUUCAUUGAUUGCCUUCUAGAAUUCAUUGAUUGCCUUCUAGAAUUCAUUGAUUGCCUUCUAGAAUUCAUUGAUUGCCUUCUAGAAUUCAUUGAUUGCCUUCUAGAAUUCAUUGAUUGCCUUCUAGAAUUCACUGAUUGCCUUCUAGAAUUCAUUGAUUGCCUUCUAGAAUUCACUGAUUGCCUUCUAGAAUUCAUUGAUUGUCAAAAUGUGUUUUUCUAUUUUUUUUUUUACUGAAAUCAGGAUGAUAUACAUAUAAUUGUAUAAUUCUUUGUAAUUUCUGCGAUGUACAAUAUCUUAUCAUGUUUUAUAUUCUGUAGAGAUCAAAAUAUUUUAUAGUAAAUAAGGAUAUAAAUUGUAAUAUCAAAUUUUAAACGAAACAAUCAGGUGGUGUCCAUGGAAUGUAGUAGAAAAUAAAACAUAAAAGUUAAUUGAAACCCA